AAUGAUAUCCCCACAGGUAACGCCGGCGGGAAGCAAGUUGCAAUCGUGCAGCCACAGAGGAGAGACACCACUGAACAAAUUGACCAAACCGCAAGAUCGUCGCCACAAGCAAAGCGCGCUCGCAUGACAGCGACCGAAGCCUACGACGCCGACGACACUCCGCAGCGUCGGGCGGCGCGCGGCAUGACGCAGGCCGAGAUGUGGAUCGCGUCGCGGAAGACCAGCCCGCGACGCGCCGCCAAGUCUCUGCCCGCGCCCACGGGCGGCGCGGCGCGGCGGAGCCUGCCGAGCAAGAAACAUACUCCGCUGCGACUGACCGUGCUGCGGCAAGCACAGAGCGCGCACAAGCGACAAGUCACCAAGAUACAGGCGCCCACGCAGAUUGACCACACGAAGCAAGCGGCCAUAAUGCUGAUGACGGGACACACGUCCAAGGGCCCGAGCCCGCGCGCCAAGACCACACCUUCCUUCGUGGCCAAGAAGCGCAGCCCCGCCGCCCGCGCGUCCCGCACUCCCCGCCGAAGCCCCAAGGCCCCGCCCACUAGGACCAGCAAGAGAGGAUCCGCUAGCGGCUCCCAGGUAUCGAUCCUGGAGAUCAGCGACUCGACUCAGUCCACCACUCGCUCGGGCUCGCCGCUGCUGCCGACGCCGCGCAAGUCCGCGCUCAAGGGGCCCGGCGCCGCGCGCAAACACGACUCCAUCAAGUUCGACCUCAGCAACCUCGAACCCACUCCCACCAGCGACGACGAACUAACUCUACACUACUCCGACACCUCCAGCACUCAAUCACCUUCCCCGAGAAAAGGCAUUCACUCUCGAAGCAGCAGGAUGCUGGAGAAAUCCCUCGGGACGUCCACUGAUGUGUCGCGGAGGAGCAGGAGCACCCUCACCGCGGUGUCUCCCGAAUCUCCCCGCAGGAAGUCCAGUCGAGGCACUCUUAUACUCCAGAAAGCGCUGGACGCAUCCCAAAGCGACGACGGCUACUCGCGUCGCACCACCAGGACCUUGACCGAUCGUAGCGCCGACGCGACGGUCGCCUCAGCUUUCCGCACCCGUACGUUGUCUCCGCGGUCCCCGGCUCAAAACCUGGAAACCUACUCCAUCGUCGACCUGGUGUCGAUGGACUCCAACGAGUCUGGAAGGUCGACGUCGGUGUACAAUUCCGCCGGGUCCAUCGACAGCAGCGCCACCGCGUUCGGGACGCCCCAGAACAGCACCGGUAGACGAACCAGGUCCACUAUCGAUCCCAGCACCCUGCUCGGGUCCAGCACGCCGUAUGUUAAACCUACGAGAAGCUCGUCAUUGAAGUCGCAGGGUUCAGGGAAGAGUUCCAUCAAAAACUCCACAAACUUAUCCACGAGGAGCUCGGGCCCCGCUCGCCGGUCGAAGUCGCUGACGACUCCUGAAAAUUCUCGAGACACUCAAAGGCACAUCUCGGUCAACAGCACCCGAAUAUCGCGCGCCUCGAAGAGCCGGUCGCGGAUCAACGACACCGAUUUGAUGCUGAUAUCUUCGAGCGACAUCUCUCAGAUGGAGGACGCCUCGCCGCUGUCGUCGAGGCGCGUCAGUCAGAAGUCCCCGCAGAAUAGUCCCGCGCCGACUCGGAAAAGUUCCCGUAGGAGCGGUGGGGACGCCACGCCCGAUGGCAGCGAGAAGGAAAAUCAAGGUACCAGCACGCCGCAAAACAGGCACAGCCCUGAGGAGGCCGGCACGCCUGUCCUCAGCAUUCAGAGCCUGCUAGAUUCGAGCCAGAGCUCCUUCGCUUCCCAGAACUCGUCCAGGAAGGGACGAGGCGGCUCCAAGCGCAAGACGAUCGGCGUCAUAAGGUCACAGCCGCGCGGCCGGCCCGCGGUCAAGUCUAAAUCCCUGAGCUUCACGGCGAGGAGGGGUCUGCUGAGACUGAGCAAGGAUUCCUCGUUAGCUUCGGACAAAACGGACGAGGGCGCUCCGAAGCCGAGCAACGAAAAGAUGGUCACUCCAAAGAGCGCCGUCAAAUUGGUCCAGGAGGCCGUCAAGAACAAACACUCCACCGCGAAGAAGCCGCAGUCGAAGCGCUCGAUCAUCGACGAUCUCAACGAGUCCGACAUCGUCAAGCAGCUGUUCAGCAGCCCCGUCAAAAGGAAGCUGUCUCAAAGCAUGACGGAGUUCUCGAGGAAGCAGCUGUUCGAUGACGAGGAUGACGUCGUUGUCAACAGGAGGCCGACGCGCAACACGAUCGCGGUGGCCAACCGGACGCCGGAUAACUCCAUCUUGGACCGCACGGAGCCGAUCACGCCCGAAGUCUUCGUCAGCCCGAUCGGCACGCCUGCCGAGAGCCCCAAUCUAUCGGGAAUAAAGAGACUGUUCCGCAAGAACACGCCGAAUAAUGAUCUCCGAAACGUCAGAGGAGUCAAAGGCCUGUUACGCACGCCUCGAACCAGAAGGUCUAUCAAGAACGACCUGUCCGACGUCGCCGGAGUGAAGCAGGUAUUCGCGAAAUCGCCCAAAAACCGCCUGAGCGACGUCAGAGUGAAGGAAGUGUUCGCGGAGGGGCCCAAAAAUGAUUUGCGACGCGUCUCGGGAGUGAAAUCUCUGUUCCGAUCGCAGAAGGAGCGCGCAUCGCCGAGGAACGACCUGACCGACGUUCGAGGCGUCAAGAACCUAUUCCAAAGAAGCAGUCCCCGCAACGAUCUGCGCAGAGUGUCGGGUGUCAAGAAAACUAUGAGGAGAAAUUCGCCCAAAAACGAUUUGUCCGACGUGCGAGGCGUCAAGAAGUUGUUCAAAGGUUCAAAAGCGAGGAACGACCUCAACGACGUCAGCGGAGUCGAGGAACUUUUCAACGAAUCGGGUCAUUCCGUGCCAGAAUCGGAGCGGCUGUUCAAUCAGUUACUGGGCAAGCCGCCGAUCAAGGCAGUCUACUCGAAGAGCUUUGCAAAGAAGACUACGGCACCUAAGACCAGGGCGCGCGCCGCGAAGUCUUUGCACGCGUCGAUCGACGUCAUCACCAAUAACGUGGAGGAUUGGCUGGAGCGCGAGCUGCAGAAACGUCUGCACAAGGACGACGUGCCCAAGGCGGUGUCUAAAGAGCUUCAGAAGCUGAGUACAGCGACAGUGGAAGGCGCUGAACCGUUGCGGACCUCGCGCGUCCGCACUAGUACCGUGGCGCGGGCCGAAGUCUCGAUAGAAAUGAAAUCUGAAUCAACGUUGGCAAUGCCGGAGCCGAAACCGACUAAAGCCAAGCGAACCACUAAGGCUGCCGUUGAAAUCGAAGCACCCAAACAGGCUGCGAAGUCCCCGCCCAAAGCCAACGCUUCGAAAUCUUCGCCAAGGCAAGCUCCUGAGCCUCGCGCAACGCGAGCUCGCGGCGUCAAGGCCGACCGCUCGCAAACUCAAACCAAGAAACGACGAACAUCUCUAGUUAUCUCCAAGAAGUCGCCCGUCAUGAGCCCUAAACCCGCGCCCAGGACGAAAAGAGCAAAAGCCGAACCGCAGCCAGAUUCGCCGCUCAAACCCCAGCCGAAGCAGACUCGAGGCAGAGCGGCCCAGCCGCCGUCCCCGGUCAAGCCUAGCCCGAAGAAAACCAGAGGCAAAGCGAACCAACCCCAGUCUCCGGUUAAAUCUAGCCCCAAGAAGAGAGGCGAAGCGACCCGCACGUCGUCCCCGCCCAAACCAAGCCCGAAGAAGAGAGGCACCCGCAAGCAGGAAGACAAACCGGCGACACCUAAACGACCCACCCGAGCUAAAGUGCAAAAAGCUUCGGUUGUCGUGGGCAAACCCUCGCCUAAGAUGAAGCCGCAAGCGAAAUCCAAAAGCGAAGCGAAAGUAACCGUGAGCGAGUCGCCUAAAACGAAACGGAAAGUCGCCAGUCGGGCUGCGAAAACCCAAGAUGAAGUCAAUAGUCCGCGAAAGUCACGCAAAAUUGCGGCUAACGAAAAAAGUGUCGAACAAGUCGAAAUCAAAUCGAGACGCAGGAAAGUGGAAUCUCCCAAAAAAUCACCGCAGCCGGCCAGGACGCGCCGGGCGGCCGAAAAUGAACCUAAGAGCAAGAGGAGCAAAGCCGUCAGCGAAUCUGAUAAAAAUCCCGGGCCGGAAAAGAAGGAGAGAAAGGGGCGAAAAACUCAAGUCGUAGAAGAAAAGCCUGAACCAAAGAGAACUCGUAAGACUCAGGAUGAAUCAAAGAAGACUGUCGCGAGGGAGUCGCCGAAACCGAUUCGAUCCCGCGGCAGGAAGCUCGAGGCCCAGGAGAGCGUCCAAUCGGAGCCCACGACAAGGACCCGGCGGGGAAAAGUCAGCGAAAACGCCACCGUCAUACCCGAAGUCGCGUCUCGGAAGCGCAAAACCACCGCGGAGAACGUCAUACCUGCCAAAGUGACCAAAACCAGCGCCAAGGAGGUCGUCGAGACGAAGUCCCGGCGAGGGCGGAAGACGACCAUCGAGACCGUCGAGGCGGAGACGGGCAGCGUCAGGCAAAAACGCUCCGUAAUUAAGGACAGCAAGGUCUCUAUUAGCUCGCGUCAGAACCAGGACGGCAGCCGCGUGGAAAACGUGCGGACGGUCCGCUCGCGCAAGCUCGUGGUGACCGCCGUGGAGACCAGCGCCCCCAAACCGAAGACCGCAAGAGGCGGGAAAGCAACUGCCAAACAAAAUGAAACAAAAACCAACACUCGGAAAAAGAAGACUGAAUCAUCGCCUGCAAAACAAGCAUCCCCGGAGAAGCGCACGCGCCGCGCCGCCCGUCCGCAAGAAGAGACAACAAAAGCAACGGGCCGCUCACGUAGGAGAUAAUACAACUGACAUAGAAAAUCAAGUACAAAACUAUAAUUUAAAACGUGCAUUUAUAAAACGCCGUAAGAGUACAUAUUUAUGAUAAUUAACGUUUACUUAGUCUAAUUUAACAUCUAAAACGAUCCUCAGGAUAGCGUCCGUCGUCGAACGACGCACUGAAGCUCAAACAAACUGUAUACGGGACAGUAGAUAUUUUAAUAGGACAUUUCUUUACUACUUAUGUAACUUGUCGUACAUGACAAUAAAACAAUAUUUUGCGAUGUUGAAGUUAAAUAGCAAUCAACUGUUGUAAUCUUUGAUGUUAAUGGAUAUUAAUGUUGUAUAUGAGAAAGGUUUUCAACAUACCGAAUUAAAUAUAGUACAUGUUAUGUAGAAGACUUGAAAAGUACAUUUAAACUGUAUUAUGAAAUAGAUGAAGUUUUUAAAUAGUUGGUAACACACACUUGCUGGGUGUUUGAUAUUGUUACUGAGUACUCGCAAUGUUGAGUUUACAUUUGAUGUUGUUGGAGUCUCGUCUCUAGACAGCAAUAAAUAACGGCUAUCUCAACAGUUGAAACUUAAGUUUGGUUUUAGACAGUUAAUUUUAAGAACCCAAAAAAUAAGUUUGAUUUUAUUUUAGACGCCUAAAAUAUUAUGUAGGGUUUUAGUUGAUAUUUUAGUGUUCAAUCUGUGUGAUUCGUAAUAUCAUGGGUUUAUUUUUAUUUUAAUCGCUUUGUAUUGCUUUUAAUAUGCCAAAUUAGGUUCUGAUUUUUUUUGUGAUAAUAUAGAUUCUUGGUCUGCGUGCUAUUGCGCUAAUAGUGGUACUAUUUUAUAACGAAGCACAAUAUCAAUGCACACUUUUUCUGGUUUUUUAAACGGACAUUAUUUGUUUUAGUAUUUUGGAUAUUUUAGUUGAAAAUAGACAUUUCUUAGUAUGUAGUGAUGAUACAACGGUGCUCGUGACGCACUCGAUCGCAUCAGGAAUUAUUCGCAGUGGUUUCCUGGCAAGAAUGACUAAUUCAGAAAGAAACAGACAUAUAACGUGAUCUCGACUCAAUCACAAGUCGAUAAAGUUUAAAAUUGCUUCAACACCGAUUGGAACUGUUGAGUUUAAUGUUUCUUUCAGCAAAACACUGCGAAUAAGGUCCUAUUUUUGUGAAAUGUGAUGCCUUUUGAAGUGUUGAGCAUUAUAGACAUGCAACGGGAACAAAGUUUUUAUUUAGAUUACCUUAGAAGAGUUGACAGGUUUCAUAUUGAUAUUUGUAGAAAAGUUCUGGAA